GUGGGGGGUGGUUCCUGGUGCCAGCUGGGAGAGAGGCAGGUGUUAGUGGUUACCUGGGGCGCCAAAAGGUAUAUGUACCGAGGCGUCGCCCUGAGGAACACCAGCAAGAAUGAAUUUCCUAGCCCGCUUCCUGGUGGUGGUGGGCCUCGCGUUCUCCUCGGCGGCAGGCGCCUCCCUCACCCUGGGCCAGGAUGGCCAGGUCCCCUUAAAGUUCGGGGCACCGCUGCAGCUUGACUGUGGCGUCAAUGGCCCGCUACGGCACUGCUUCUGGGAGACAGCGGACGGACGCAUCGUGCAGGUGGAGGACGUGUACGCAGGGCUCCACCCAGGCCUGCGGGCGCCCGGCAAUCUCACCAACAACCAGUGCGGCAUCGUUGUGGAGCAGGCCAGGGCGGGACACGCCGGGGAGUGGACGUGCCGCGCGCUGCUGGACGGCCAGGCGCUGCGGGGCUCAAUGAGAGCUGCCGUGGAGUGUGUGUACCCCUUCGUGGCCGUGGGCGGCGGCUGCUACUACUUCAGUGAAACCCUCCUCCAAUCCUGGGAGGAUGCACGAUCAUUCUGCAAGAGCCUUUCUGUAGGGGCCGACCUGGCGGUGCUGGACGACUGCCACCAAUUCCAGUUGGUGUGGGGCCACAUCCUCGUGAACUACGAGGUCUCCGUGCACUGGAUCGGAGGCCACGAUGAUGCGUCGGACGGAAAGUUCUACUGGGUGGACAACACCCUCAUGGUGAUGGGGACGCCCUUCUGGAGACCCAACUAUCCCAGCGGCCUGGAGAGUUGUGUGGCCCUCAGCAACGCCGGCGGCUACUUCAUCGACCAGCCCUGCACCGAGCCCCAUCAUUAUGUGUGUCAGCAGCAUUAAGAGAAACAAAGACAAAGCAAAAGGAGAAAAAAAACUGAAAGAAGACAAAAAAGCAAUGGACCACAGGGAUGCAUGCACAGGAGAGGCGAUUGCAGCCGUCACCUGACACACCACGCGCCAAGGCCGACCUUUAAAGUCACUGUCGUCACCUGUCCUGUUCUUACGCAACCCGCGUGGUGCGCACAUCACGCAGCUGAUAACCUGUAUGGCCGCCCUCUGGGGACAACACGCCUCACAAACCUGCCCGGCAUCUGACUGGUUCCCACG